UGCCGUGUUACCGUUCUGUUGAAACCCCACAAGUCAAGAACAUGGAUAACCAACUGGCCCUCUGCACCUGCCUACUGCUGAUUGGUGUGGUGGUGAACAUUCAGUGUUCUGACAACAGUUCAGCCAUCUCAACAACUCAACCAACUCAACAAACACCAAACAACUCAACAAACAACAAUGUCACCAUAACUCCCGAUGUUGACAACAGCACCUCUCAUUUCAACACAGUGACUGAAAAUUCCACAAUGCCAAUGUCACCCGAAGUUAACACAGGUCACUCAGACUUCAGCUCCAUUUCACCGAGACCUACAGCUGCUUCCAGUUCACCAGACAACACCUCUCCUGGGGAGGAGCACAUUACCACCAGGGGGACUCCUACUUCCACUGUAAACACAGCUACAAGUGGCCAGUCUCUAGGUCCCGAGACUACAUUAACAUCCACAAAAGUGCCACCACCCCAACCACAAACAACGAACAAAGGAUAUGUUGUUUUGGUGAUCAUCAUAAUUGUUGCUGUUAUCAUCGUGAUAGUUUGCUUCGUAAAACAGAAGAAAAAACGGAGGUACUCUAUUGAUAUACGCAACAAGCACGAGGAUGCAGUUAUUCCACUGAGCACAGUGGAAGCUGACGCUGUGUUUGAAGCCACACCAGAAAAAGUAGAGAUGGAAACGUUCACUGCACAAGACUCAAGUGUACAGGAAGCCACUCCUCAGCCAGCUUCACCUGUGCCUGACCCUGUGGUGGAGUCCGAGCCUGACAGAGAGGAGCCUGUCUCUGAAGGGCCCAAAGCCACUGAGCUGGAAACCUCAGGCUCCCAAGAACCUCUGACACCUGAGAAGCCUGAGAAGAUGGACCUGGUGGACCUCAACGAUGGAGAACCUACUGCCUCCACCAAAACCUCCAUGGAGUCCUUGGAGGACCAACUCAAUGACAACAACAGCAACAACUACCACAUGAGAGCCAAUGGUUGUGUAACAAUUGCACUGGAUGAAGAGGCUGUCACUGCAGAUUAAAAUACAGCCAUUGUAUUUAAAUGGUCUUUUCCACCCAUGCGCAGAAACAUGACUUCUACAACCAUAACACAACAUGGGUCAGGUUAAAUCAUUUUAGUCACAUGCGCAUGCACACAUUCUUUGUUGGGCCACUGGAAAACAGUUUACUUUUGUUUGCAUGCAACAGUCUAUUGACCUUCUUUUUGAUUGACUUAAUUAAUACAAUGAUGCAACUAUGUAAACGUGUGUGUGUGUAAACUAGUAUUUUAUUUAUGUCAAUGAAAGCAUAUACUGUAUUUAAGAUUAAAUGUAAGGCUAGAGUUUGAUUUCAUCACUACUAGGCAUUGGUCAGCAGGCUUUGGUGUUUUAACAAAAACAAUGUAUUGUGCGAUGUACCAUAAUUGUACCAUAAUGUCUGUAAAGUCUGUAGAUGACUAAAACAGUGUGCUUAUCUGCAGUUCUAUACAGGACACAUGAUUUGAUGAAGAUAAUAAAUCAGAAUGACAAUAAUAGGGACAGUAGCAACAAGGCUGAGGUGCGUUUCUUGAAAGCGUAGUUGCAAACCAGUUAGCCACUUGUGUAGUUGCCAAUUUGAAAUUGCAUUGCAAACAACAAAGUAGCUAGCGUAGUUAACAACUAUGGUUUCGAGAAAUGCACCCCUGGACUUUCAACAUUUGUAGAGAAUGUGUUCUAUUUUAUGUUUUACCAUACAGUACACGGAUGAACAUCAAGGUGUUUAGUAAACAACCACCUUUGUAAUCAAAGUGUCAUUUUGUAUUGCAGCAGCAUGUGAUGACCGUAUUGUUGUAACAUGUAACCUACUUCUCGCCAGAUGAAUAUGUAGUAUAAGUAUAUUCAAUGAGUUCAUACUUUUUCUGGUGAC